GUGAAUGUUAAGUUUCCGACGACGCGCAAAGACAGAUGGGAUAAUGGGAAAUUGCUAUAAACGAUAAAGAUAUUGAUACCUUUCCAUGCUGUGAUUGGGAUACUAAAAGAAGGAAGAUAGUAACAACAUUUUUGUCAUUUGAAGUUUCUUUUGUUGAUGAUUUUUGUUUUGCAGACUCAAAUUAUUGAAAUGCUCGGGAAGAAAGGGAAAACAAAUAUUUAAAAUCGCGUUCGUGAUCGAGAUAUGUUAUUGUUAUAUGAUAUUGUAGCAGUUUUAUAAAGUUAAUUUGCGAGCUUCGUUGUGUGGCUACUGUAUUUGAUAUUUGACAUGAUUUCCUUGAACGUUUGUCUUCUGGAUGAUACCAGUGUCAAGUUUGAUGUUGAGGGCAAAUGGAAAGGUCAAGAGCUUCAUGAUCUUGUGUAUAAACAUCUAAAUCUUUCUGAACGAGAAUAUUUUGGGAUUCAGUUUUAUGACAAGCACGAUCAACUGUGUUGGUUAGAUCCACUAAGGUCAUUAAACAAGCAAGUAAAAGAUCCUGCAAAGACACUGUUUCGAUUUGGUGUAAAAUUUUAUGCUGCUGAUCCUGUUCAGCUGCAGGAGGAACUAACAAGGUAUUUAUUUGCAUUACAAGUUCGUAAAGACUUGCUCAACGAAAGAUUGGUUUGUAACAAAAAAACAGCAUGUUUGCUGGCGUCAUAUUAUGUUCAAGGUGAACUUGGAAACUGGGAUCCAGUCUCACACCCUCCAGGUUAUCUCAGAGAAAGUCAGUUUUUCCCAGAACAGACAGAUGAAGAUGAAGCUCUUAUAAUGGACUUCCAUAAGCAACACAAAGGAGAAAGUCCUGCUGAUGUUGACCGCAAUAUACUGGAUGUUGCACGAAGACUUGAUACCUAUGGCAUUACACUAUAUCCAUGCAAGGCUGAAGACAGUGCACCAUUGAAUAUUUCUGUGGCUCACAUGGGUGUCGUUGUCUUUCAAGAUAAGGAUCGUGUCAAUACAUUUUCAUGGGCUAAUAUAAGAAAACUGAGUUUUCACCGACGGAAAUUUCUCAUAAAGCUCCAUCCAGAGUUGAAUGAGCAAGACACUUUGGAGUUUAUGAUGGAAAGUCGCGAUAAAGCAAAAUCUUUCUGGAAACUGACGGCUGCCACUCACACAUUUUUUAGACAAUAUCAGCAAAAAUCUGUCAAUAAACCGAAAUCGAAAAUUUUUGGUCGUGGCUCUAAAUAUCGUCACAGCGGUCGAACUCAGAGAGAAGUUAUGGAAAAUUCACAUGAUAAAAAUUUCAGAAAUGAUUCUACCUUCAAUAGGUCUCAGAGUCUGCGACUACCAUCCUCUAACGAUAACUCGCUAAGUAGCUUAAGAUCAUCUCCACGUCCUUUGAUUGGUUAUGGCAAUGUUGAAACAAGAAUAAUUGAAGCUGAUUAUCCUAUUGAAAGCAGUUUGGCAUCAAUGGGGUCAAAUGAUGAAAGUGGACAUCUUUAUUUACCCGAACGUCAUAUUUCAACGGAACAAUCUCAAGAAGAACUAAAUAUUGAUCAUCUCCAUAAUAGAAUGUCACCUAACGAAACCUUUCUGCAAGCUGGAAGCGAAAAUGCACAUUGUGCCACCGUCAAUGGCGAGCAUGAAAUUGCUUCUGGGGAAUCAAAAUCUCUGCUGAACGGAGAGCAUGAAGCAUCCGUCAAUGAACUAAAUGUUACAACGUUAACAUCAACUGUGGCGUCCGAUUCAGAAAAUGAUGAAUUAAGUCAAGAUUUGUUUAGUGAAGGUUCAUCAAUAUCUUCUCUUUCCUCUCCUCUGAGUACAUAUAGAAGUGCGGACUCCUUAGAUACAAAGAUACCUAUAGGUACUGCGUACCACGUUGCGAGAGAAAUCCUGCAAACAGAACGAACUUACGUUAAAGAUCUGGAGGUCAUAACAAUCGCAUUUCGCAAUGCAGUGUUUGAGAAGGAAGCCUUUCCAGAUGAUGUAAAGGAACUAUUGUUCAGUAACUUUGAUCCAUUGUACGACUAUCACUGUCUAUUCCUUGGGCAAUUGCAGCAAAAACUUACACAAUGGGAAAUUGACGAGAGCAAUGAUUGUCAUAAAAUUGGCGAUAUAAUGUUGAGUUGUAUAUCGCAAAUGAAGAACUUUAUUGGUAUUGUGAGAAAUCAUGAGAAGGUUCUUCUCGCUCUGUAUAAGACAACAAAAAGUUCACCUGAAUUUAAGAAAUUAUACAAAGAAUUCGAGCUUCAACCUGUAUGCUACCUUAGCCUUAAUGCAUUUAUUUUGAAGCCUUCUCAAAGAUUGAUAUAUUAUAAAUUUAUAAUGGAAAAGUUAGUUCAGUUUUACACCACAGGUCAUGCCGACUACCAAGACUCAAAAGUGUCACUUGAAACAAUUAUUGAAAUCCUGGAAGAAUUAGAACAAUCCACAAAAGUCUUAGAAAACUAUCAAAGAUUGAUUGAGCUGGAAAGAGAUCUUAUUGGUUUGGACAAUCUUGUUCAAGGAGAAAGGAAAUUUGUACGUGAAGGUUGCUUGCAAAAAAUUUCACGAAGCGGCUCCCAACCACGAAUGUUUUUUCUGUUUUCAGAUGUUUUGAUUUUUACAAGUAGAGGUGGAAAUGCCACUAAUCAGUUUAAAGUCCACGGAAAAUUCCAACUUCAAUCCGUAAAGAUUGAAAAAGGUGACGAUAUGCAUGGUUUGUUUUGCUUCAAUUUAAUCACAGAAGAUAAAACAUACAUAGUAGCGGCCACGACAUUAAAUGAAAGAGCAAAAUGGAUGGAGGACUUGAAUGUGACAAUUAUGAAAGCCAAAAAUAAUUCUUUACCAAUCAUUGAUGAAGUUGUUGUCAGCAUAACAGACCCUGAGGAUGGCGAUAAUGAAGAAAAGAAAAAUAAAACAACUUCUCUUGAUAAAAGACAUGCAUGUUCUAGAACUAUGUCUACCAGGAGAGUGUGUUGGCAUAGAAACACUAGUGUCAGUACUGUAGAGUACAGUAUUGCUGUCAGGAAUCAGUUGUCUGGUCAAUUACAAAGAAAAUAUAAAAGUGGCGAUAAAUGGCAGAAACUGUUUGUUGUUUUAACAAAUUUCUGUUUGUUCUUUUACAAAACUCACGAGGACGAGCAGCCAUUAGCAAGUCUUCCUUUGAUUGGUUAUGCCGUCACUAAACCAGACGAAAAUGACAAAAUAAUGAAAGAACUCGUCAUUAAACUUCAAUAUAAAACCCAUGUUUACUUUUUUCGGGCAGACAGCGAGUUUUCAUAUUUUAGAUGGAUGGAGGUAAUGUGUAGUGCUACUCAGAAUUCCAGUCGAACACGAUUGUUUAGUCGACAAACCAGUAUUUUGCCAUAAAGUAUGGUAGGAUUUAAUAUCUUUUUAUGUCGAAAAACUUCAAUCGUGGUAAACCGUGCCAGAAAUUUUAGUAUGAUACAAUUUUUGUUUUAUUUUGUGUUCAAGAAAUAUAUACAUGUAAAUUAUAUAUACCCACGCAUUUUACGAAAACAAUACAACAUACCAUUUGAAAAAAUUA